AUGAGUUCGCGGAACCAAGAACAAGAAGCGCCGCCUCGGAGCAGCACACCCCUCAGCCCAGAAGCGUUCGCCGAGGAUUUGCGACUUUUCAAUCGCUCCCCCCAUCCAUAUCACAGAAGCCAGCGCCUCGGCUCUCAGACCCCCUCCGAACAUGGGGACCGGCUUCACCCACUCUCCUACUCAAGGUCCUCGAGAACCACCAGCGACAGUGGCACAGAGGCGGACGAUGAAAGCACCGGUAUACUAAGGGGACUACCAGCUCCACCACCCCGUCCCAGGAAAGGUCUGCGCUCGGGCGGGAGCGGUGCUACAGAUGUCGACCCUUGGCUACCUAGCUUGCAGCCAUGGCCAUCAUUUGUGAGACCUGCCCUGCGCACAUCGCGGCGGAGCUCAGAGGAAGAGAUGGAAGAGGAGGCUUUUGAAGAAAGGCGCAGAUCGAAGCGAGAAAGACGUGUGGAGAUUCUGCGCCGGUUGAUGGAGGCUGUCCUUCUGUCGUCUGUCGGUGCCGUGGUUUUAUACCAGAAUGGAGCACGGUCCAUAGCCUGGGAAUGGCGCAAAGAGCUUGUUACCCACAUUAUGGUGGUUUUGGGUCUUUGUGCCACCUACCCGCUUGCUGUUCGAGCAUCCCAAGGCCGAAGCUGGCGCAUCUGGCGCAUCUGGUCUUCGAAGCGGAGAUUCUUCUCUUUACCUGCUAGCUUUGAUCCGGCUCCCCUUUUCUACCCGAUUUUUAUUCCUAUCUUCGUUUCAUUGUCGCUAUCCAACCACACUCCUUCCCUUCUAAUGCCUAAUAUCAUUCUCGGCCUCGCCUCUCUACCUGUGGCCGUUGUUCCCUUACAACAUUGGAUUCAUGGAUUCAGUGUGAUACACUGGGGUGUGUCCAUGAUACCCAUUCUUGUCGCCGAGCAUCUCUCCAUGGACAAUACGUGGCCAAAGCCAUUGUCGCUUCGAGGACUCGACGCGGAAUCCCUUAUUCUUCUUUUCCCUUUGCAUCAAGCGUUGAUACCCACUUUAGACUUUUUGUUGACAACCAGCCUUCUGCCAGCCGAGCUGCAACUUUUGACGACUGCUUUGAUCAAUUUGUACUUGUUUGCGGCUUCUCCGCAGGCAGAGAUUCUGAAGGCCAUGCUAUGGCUUGGUGGCAUGUGUUUAUUUGCCUCCUGUCGACAUGUCCUGCGUUGGGAAGUUGCUCUGGCGCGCAUUCCAAACUGGAAGUUCCGACGCGCGCCCAAUAGUGCGCAAUCCGCGCGCAAAUUCCUCAAUAUGAUGGACCAUCGGCUCUGCGAGAAGCUGAGCAGAGCAGGCCCUCUCCAUUCCGAUGAUGCUUCAUCCGACAGCGAUGGGCCAAAUGGGUUCCCAUUCCCAAAGUUGCGUGCUGCAAAGACCAUGCGGGCGGAGCGCUCUUCUGAUACGCCGGCGGAGCCUGCCUCUGCGGUGGACAAGAUCACCACGGAGGAGAUCUUCGAGAAGCAUGCCCGCAGCCGGCGACGACACACCAUCUCCACCUUCGAUGAGGCCGUUCGAGAAGAGCGGGUGCGCACUACCCCUGGCGGCCGGCGCAAGAAACUCAUGGGACCUGGCCUUGCCUCGUUCCUGUCGCUUACUUCAGCCCAGGCGCAGGUCCGCAAGUGGCUGUACGCAUUCUAUGUGUAUGUCGCGGCAUUUCUAAUCAUUGUGGGCCCCAUACGCAAAUAUGUGGCCGAGCGUGCCUUGCAGGGCCAGGAUCCCUUCGGUUGGGCUAUAGGCUACUUAUUCGGGAAUUUCUCGAACGUUCGCUUCUGGAUAUUAAUGUUGAACCUCGAUCGCUGGAUCGAGCUACCACCCCGACUUGAUGCUGAUGUCCUGGGUGCCCCCUGCUUCCUUGGAUCGAUCGAACACAUCCGACAGGCUACUUUUGGGCCAGCCAUCACCCGUCUGUUACUCAGUGGCUACUGCGUACUAGUUCUCCUCACCGGGUUGGCUAUCGUCAUUCAGCUCAGCACCGUCGCCGAGGUUGAUACACGUCGCAAGAUAUUCCAUGGCAUGAUGGUGGUGAUGUUCCUUCCUGCCAUCUUUGUGGACCCCAGUUUCUGUGCCUUGGCACUCGCCUUGGUUCUCUCUAUUUUCUUGCUGCUGGAUCUCUUCCGUGCAUCGCAGCUGCCCCCCAUAUCACGCCCUCUUACCUAUUUCCUGGCUCCCUAUGUUGACGGUCGGGAUCAUCGUGGCCCGGUCAUCAUCUCCCAUAUCUUCUUGUUGAUCGGGUGUUCCAUCCCACUCUGGCUGUCCCUCUCCGAUCUUCCCCGGGCCGGCCUGGGUCCCUGGGCAGGGUGGGAGGCUGAGUCACGAGACGUCAGCAUGGCUAGCGGUGUAAUUUGCGUUGGCAUGGGUGAUGCGGCCGCUUCUCUCGUUGGCCGACGAUAUGGCCGGUUGAAAUGGUUCUGGGGCGGUGGGAAGUCGCUAGAAGGCAGCGUCGCCUUUGUCGCAGCCGUCACCUGUGGGUUGCUGGCAGUUCGUGCCUGGUUGGUCCUCGGAGGAUGGCCCGUAUCCGGGGUCGAAUCAAUCGAGGCAGACUUCUCGAUCCACUUCUGGGUCUGGACUUUGGUCAAGGCGGUUCUGGCGGCGGCCGGAACCAGUGCCACCGAGGCGAUUCUCACUGGCUGUAAUGACAACGUCGUAGUUCCGGUGGUGCUGUGGCUGCUAGUGCGGGGUCUUGGCGUUUGA